UUCAUUCAUGACUCUACUCUGGAUGAUCGAAGCCUCGCUGGAGAAGCUCAUUCCUCGGGCUCCCCGGUCCACGGUGCAAAACUGUCCUAAAACGAUGAAAAUGUCGGCGGCAGAGAUCUGCCAGGUCCUAAAGGAGGGCGAGCUGGAGAAGAGGAGCGACAGUCUGCUCCAGUUCUGGAAAAGAAAGACGUGUGUCCUGACCACGGACAGCCUGAACAUUUACGCAGACACGCAGAAGCGCUCCAAAGGCAAAGAGCUGAAGCUGCAGUCCAUCAAGAAGGUGGACUGCGUGGAGCGCACCGGCAAGUUCGUCUACUUCACCAUCGUCACGACGGACAAUAAGGAGAUAGAUUUCCGGUGUUCCGGGGAGGAGAACUGCUGGAACGCAGUGAUCACCAUGGCGCUGAUCGAUUACCAAAACAGAAAGGCCAUCCAGGACUUUAAAACCAGGCAGGACGGCGAGAGCGCGUCGCCCGGCCAGCAGGAGCGGCGCAUGGCCCGUGCGCCCUGAGCCGAUCAUCAGCCGGACCCGAGAACUCCGAAUACACGUGCCACUGUGGACCACAGAGACUUUACGCAGGGACCAAAAGACGCGCGCAUCCGGUCCAGACAUGAAGGACUGUUCGGGACAGCUGAUCCCGGGGCUCCACACGCAGGACUGAACUUUUGAUUCGUCAUUUCAAAACACGUUUCCAGGAAGACUGACUCCGAAAAAAAAAAAAAAAAAAAUCUUUUUUUUUUUUUUGGUAAACUUAUUUAUUUGUUUCCAGAAUAUCAUGUAAACAUCUCUGUUUCUGUGUAGGCUCUCUACUAUGUAAACAUCUCGUUUAAAUUAUUUACUGUUUCUGUGUGUGUGCUGCCAGUCUGUAUUUAUUUGAAUAAACAUUCAUACAUUUUUGACACAA